CAGCCGCGGCCCGGCGGAAGCGGCGCCGCUCCGGCUCCCGGUGCUGCCAGCGCCCUCCGGCGCCCCGGCGGGAGCGGGGCACAGCCGCGGAGGCCGAGGGGGAACACAGCCGUGGAAACACCCGCGGAACGAGCCCGCAGCCCCCGCGGUGCCGCAACCCGCAGCCCCGGGCCGGUGAUGCGCUGCCUCCGUCCCCUCGCUGUGCCAUCCUCAGCAACCGCCAGAAAUUCCCGCAGCCUGAGGGAGUUUUUGUUGGAGUCCCCAAAGCAGAAUUCCCGUGCCUUCCCGGGGCUGGGAGCGCGAUGUUCCCCGGUAGCCCCGGUCCCCCGGUCCCGCCGUGCCCAGGUGCGCGGCUCGCUGCCCCGGUGCCGGUCUCACCUGGGCCGGGCUGAGCUCCGCACCCUGAGCGCUCCCGGCUCAGCCCGGCCCUGCGGGGCUGACAGCUGAGACCGCCGGGGCCGAUCGGGUUACGGGCCUGCCUGCCUGGAAGCUGCCAGAGAAACGCUCCGGGGGCGGCCGCGCCGCCAUCCCGAGGCUCCCCAAGGCUCCCAAGGGCUGGGAUGGUUUUCCCGGCUCCGGGGCCCGCUGUGCCGCUGGCUGCAGCUCGGACAGCACAGUCGCAGCCAUGCCGGCAACCAACCAGGGCUGGCCCGAGUCCUUCGGGUUCCGGCUCGGCGGCUCGGGGCCGUGCUACAUCCUCUGGGUGCAGGAGGGCAGCAGCGCGGCGCUGGCGGGGCUGCGCCCGGGGGACGAAGUGCUGGAGCUCGAGGGCCAGCCCGUGUCCUCGCUGGGCUGCCAGGCGCUGCUGGGGCUGGCCCGGCGCUGCCGCAACGUGCCCCCGAGCAUCGGCGUGGUGUCGCGGCUGCAGCACGCCAGCAUCCCCCCCGGGCCGCGGGGGGGCUUCGGCUUCGAGCUGGCGAGCGAGAGCCCCCCGCGCGUGGGCAGCGUGAGCCCCGAGUCGCCGGCCGCGGCCUGCGGGCUGCAGCCCGGGGAUUACCUGCUGCAGGUGGACGGCAGCCCCGUGGCGCUGCCGGAGGCGGCGGCCGCGCUCGUGGGGUCGUGCCGAGGGAGGACCCUGCGCCUGGCACUGCUGCGGCCACAGCGCGGGGACACGGCUGGGGACACGGCUGGGGACACCGUCCAUGACAUCGCCCGGGACACCGCCUGUGACACCGCCCGGGACCCCGGGGCCAGCGGCGGCUCCGCCCGCCGGGACAGGAGGCAGAAGGCGCAGGAGUUCAGCAGGAAGGUGGAUGCCAUCCUGGGGGAGCAGCCGGAGCUGAAGGAGAAGCUGUUCACCGUGCUGAAGCAGUACGCUGCCCAGAGGAGGGUGGAGAGCCUGGCCCAUGCCCUGGGCAUGCUGCUCACCCACGAGUCCCACCAGCACCUCAUCCACAGCAUCAGGAUUUUCAUCCCCAAGAAGCACCGGCAGCGCUUUGACGAGGUGGUGUCGCAGAGCCUCAUCAGCAAGCUGUGCCGCUCCAGGAGCGAGCACGGCAGCCGCCUGCGCCGCAGCCGCAGCGAGGACCAGCAGGAGCGGCUGCUCGUGUCCACCCGCGCCAGCUCCGUGCCCCGCAGCCACGAGGAGCUCAGCAAGAGCCUCCGCAAGAGCGCCUCGCUCCUCAGCAGCAAUGCGGCCUCGGGGGCGGCCCGCAGGACUGUGCGAGUUUAUAAAGGCAACAGGAGCUUCGGCUUCACGCUCCGCGGGCACGCCCCGGUGUGGAUCGAGUCUGUCCUGCCAGGGAGCCCGGCAGAGAAGGCUGCCCUCAAAGCUGGAGACAGGAUCCUGUUCCUCAACGGCCUGGACAUGAGGAACUGCUCCCACGACAAGGUGGUGUCGAUGCUGCAGGGCAGCGGGGCCAUGCCCACCUUGGUGGUGGAAGAGGGCAUCGUCAGCUUCCCCAGCGACUCUGACUCUGCCGAGUGCCCGAGCAGCUCCUCGGCCCUCACCUCCCUGCAGUGGGUUGCAGAGAUCCUCCCCUGUAGCAUCAAGGUCCAGGGGAGGACGUUCCCGCAGCAGCUGGAGCACCUGCUGACCCCGCCCGAGCGUUUCUCCGUCUGCAGGGCCCUGGAGGGCUUCUUCCAGCACCGGAACAUUGACACUCUCAUUGUGGAUGUGUACCCGGUGCUGGACACACCAGCCAAGCAAGUCCUCUGGCAGUUUAUCUACCAGCUGCUGAGCUACGAGGAGCAGGAGCACUGCCAGCAAAAGCUGGACAGGUUUCUGGGGUGCAAGGCCUUGGCAGCCGAGGCAGAGGCUGAGGAUCGGUACCGAGGCAGCUCCGUCCGCGGUGCCUCCCUGUGCCGGGGCAGCCUGCGGACCCCCCGGCCCGAGGAGGGGGCAGCAGGCAGUGACACCGUGGAGGUCCCCGUUCGCCUCAUCCCUGGAGAGAGGCAGGCUGGUGAUGGCACGUCCCUCCCGGAGACACCCAACCCCAAAAUGAUGUCGGCCGUGUACGCGGAGCUGGAGAACCGCCUGAUCGGCGGCUUUGCGGGCAAGGUGGGCAACGCUGCCCUGCACAGGACAUCGCCCCCCGCCCCCGAGCUGCCCCACGCUGCAGGUGGCCGCAAGCCGGGGCUGGCGUGGCCGAGCGAGCUGGCGAGCCAGCCCUGCUACUACCGGCUGCACAGCAGCGUGGCCUCGCCGUGCAGCACCGAGUCCAACCCCUACGUCAGCCUGGACAGCAGCCCGGCCCCGUCGCCCAAGCACCGCCAGUACUCGCCGCUGUCGCGGCGCAAGAAGCUCUUCACCUUCUCCCGGCCCCCGCGCAGCCGCGACACCGACCGCUUCCUGGACGCCCUCAGCGAGCAGCUGGGACACCGCGUCACCAUCGUGGAUGACUUCCUCACCCCCGAGAACGACUACGAGGAGAUGAGUUUCCAGGACGACCAGGGCAGCUACGUCACCAACGAUGUCAGCAGCAGCGAGUACAUCAGCAGCAGCGACGAGGGCAGCUCCCUGACCUACUCCACGCUCUCGGACCACAUCCCCCCGCCCCCGCAGCCCCCCGUGCCCUGCGCCCCCCCCCUGCACCGGGGGCUGCUGCACCGCCGCAGCGACUGCAACCACAUGAGCGUCAAGAGGCUGCGCUGGGAGCAGGUGGAGAACUCGGAGGGCACCAUCUGGGGGCAGCUCGGGGAAGACUCGGAUUACGACAAGCUGAGUGAUAUGGUCAAAUACCUCGACCUGGAGCUGCACUUUGGGACUCAGAAGCCCACGAAGCCAACCCUCAUGCCUGAAAACUUUAAAAAGAAAGACGUGGUUGAAAUUUUGUCCCACAAAAAGGCCUACAACACAUCCAUCCUGAUCGCCCACCUGAAGCUGUCGCACGUGGAGCUGCGGCAGAUCCUGAUGACGAUGGAGACGGAUCGCCUGGAGCCGUCCCACAUCAAGCAGCUCCUGCUCUACGCCCCGGACGGGGACGAGGUGCAGCGCUUCCAGAGCUACACGGAGAGCCCCGGCAAGCUGAGCGAGCCCGACCAGUUCGUGCUGCAGAUGCUGUCGGUGCCCGAGUACAAGAUCCGCCUGCGCAGCCUGCACUUCAAGACCACCCUGCAGGAGAAGACCGAGGAGAUCAAAGCCAGCUACGAGUGCAUCUGCAAGGCCUCCCUGGAGCUGAAGAGCAGCAAGAAGCUGGCGAAGAUCCUGGAGUUCGUGCUGGCCAUGGGCAACUACCUGAACAACGGGCAGCCCAAGACCAGCAAAACGACAGGAUUCAAAAUCAACUUCCUGACCGAGCUGAACACCACCAAGACCGUCGAUGGGAAAUCCACCUUCCUGCACAUCCUCGCCAAAUCCCUCAGCCAACACUUCCCAGAGCUCCUGGGCUUCGCCAAGGACCUCCCCACGGUGCCGCUGGCUGCCAAAGUGAACCAGAGGACGCUGACAGCCGAGCUGAAGGACCUGCACAGCACGGUGAGUGACAUCCAGAAGGCGUGUCACAGCAUGCCAGCCACCGCCGAGGACAGGUUUGCCAUCGUCAUGAGCUCCUUCCUGGAGAGCGCCCAGCCUGCCAUGCGCUCCCUGGACGAGCUGCAGCACAAGGCCAUGGAGGAGUUCAGCAAGGUGCUCUCCUUCUUCGGGGAGGACUCCAAGAUGACCACUUCUGAAGCCUUCUUUGGCAUUUUUGCAGAAUUCAUGAGCAAGUUUGAGCGGGCUCUCAGUGACGUGCAGGUGGGCGAGAGCCAGCGCAGCCCCAGGAUGACCUCCCCCCUUGCCUGGUGACGGCCCGAGGCCACCUGAGGGGUGACAAUUCCUUGCCAACAAAGUGCAAUUUGCUCCUG